GCGCAAUGCACCCUCAUAACAUUCAGCCUGUUUCACCCUCAGUAUCUUCGCGCUUUUAACCCCGUCCAAGUCGAAAGUGGAAUUUGGUACGAAACACGCACGUUGAAAACACCCAAAAAGUGGAUUGAUUUAAAUUUAUUCAUCAUCUUGCAUCCCAGUGCACCGAAUUCGGAUAGACAAUGAAUGGUUGCCAUUAGUUAUCCCCAGAAGACACUAACACUAAUCAAAUUUUGGGAGGACCUGUUUGCAACCGCUGUGAUGAGCAAUUUGGUGUUUUAGAGACAAAAAUUUGUUUUUUUUAGACAAUGUUGGCCAAGUUUUGGAUACAGUGUUUGUGUAGUUUGGCAGUAAUUGUGCAGUGUUCUUGGACAGCUGCCACAGUUAGUCAAAAUACCAUUCAUGACCAGGAAUAUUGGUACGAACAAGCUCGAAUCGCUUUGCGGAAGAGACUGCAAUAUGCUAGCGACCGCCGGCCACAUGCCAAGAAUGUGGUGUUGUUUGUGGGAGAUGGAAUGGGCGUAGCCACGGCCACUGCCGCCAGGAUACUCCGAGGACAACGGCUAGGCAAAAGAGGAGAGGAUCAUGAACUCGCCUGGGACACAUUCCCGGCGGUUGCCUUCGCCAAGACUUACAACAUGGAUGCUCAAAUAGGAGAGUCAUCAGCAUGCGCAACGGCGUUGAUGUGCGGUGUUAAAACAAACUUUGAAACGGUCGGUUUGGAUGCUCGAGGUCGUUUCGAAAACUGUUUUUCUAGCUUCUCUUCACGAGUCUCAUCGCUGAUAGAUUGGGCACAAGAGUCAGGAAAAUCGACAGGAAUUGUGACAAACACCCGAAUAACUCAUGCCACUCCUGCGGCUUUGUAUGGUCAUUCUCCGUCACGCUACUGGGAGGACGAUUCAAAAGUUCCUUCAGCGUCUCGAAAAUCCUGCAAGGAUUUAGCACGGCAACUCAUCGAAAAUGAUCCUGGACGGAAUAUCAACGUCUUGUUGGGCGGCGGAAGGAGACAUUGGUUACCAAAAGUAGCUCACGAUCCAGAGCAAACUAAAGAGGAAGGUCGGCGCCUCGAUGGACGUAAUCUCAUCGAUGACUGGGUUCGAGAUAAGAAAAAGCGUGGACUCAAAGCUGAAUAUGUCUGGAAUAAAGGACAGCUCGAUAAAAUUAACCCCAAUCAAGUCGACUACUUGCUUGGUUUAUUCGCUUAUUCGCACAUGGAUUUCGAGGCUGACCGCGACGCUGGUCCUUCUGGAGAUCCCUCCUUGGCCGACAUGACGCGUUCAGCCCUCUCCAUCCUCCUAAAAAAUCCAAAAGGUUUCUUUUUGUUUGUCGAAGGAGGUCGGAUCGAUCACGCCCACCAUUACAACAACGCUUACAGGGCUUUAGACGAAACGCUUGCGAUGGAAACGGCCCUAUUGGCAGCUUUAGCCCUUGUAAAUCCAACAGAAACGUUAAUUGUUGUUACUUCUGAUCACUCACAUGUGCUCACAAUGGGAGGACAAGCCACCCCGAGAGGACAUCCUAUUCUAGGACCGGACAGCAAAGUGUCAGACAUCGACGGCCAACCCUACACCACCAUCCUCUACGGCAACGGCCCAGGCUACGCCACCCCUCGCAUCAUCCCCAUGAACACCAGCACCGCCGCCGAAGACCGCAACCAGGUCCACGGCUCGGCCGUCCCCCGCCAAUGGGCCACCCACGGCGGCGAAGACGUCCCCGUCUAUGCCCUAGGUCCCCUCGCCACCACUCUCUUCACCGGGACUUUCGACCAGAGUUACAUCCCGCAUGCCAUCGCUUACAGUGCUUGUUUGGGGGAACAUCGAUUGCGCUGCCAGGGAAUCGACAAUUACACCGCCCCCCAGGUGACCACAUGCGUCGCACCGGAAGUGUCGAGCGUUUCCGCCGCUGCCGGAGCUCCGGUGGUUAUCGCCAGCAGUGUGAUGGCUGAUGAUGGGACGAGGGUCAAGUCGGGAGUGGGACAUUUGGUGGGACACACCCAUGGGAUGAUGGUUCUAGUGAUGGUGGUGGUUGCGGUUACGUAAAAGUGGCGGUUUGUGACCGUAAUUGUGUACAUAAGUGGAUGAGAGAGACAGGACAACAGUUUAUGUUCAUCUCAAAUUG